CAGCUUACCAGGAGUUAGUCAGCCAAGUGAUUUUACACCGUUUGGGUCGGUUAUACUCCGAUCCCUCCCUCACCACACCUGACUCUCUAUCCCACCUUCUCACCUAUUCACACGGCAGAAGAAGCGAUGCCGCGAUACAGAGGAGUACUGCAAGUUGACGAUGCCAGUCCUGAUGACCCUCUUAUUCAUCUGUUCGACUACAGCUCAACAGACGAGCACAACGGCACCUCCAAAUCCAGCUACAGGAAACAGUUAGUAGCUGUAGACUCCUGUAUCUUCCUCCGUCGUCGUAACCUGGCGAAGAUUAAGACUAAGGAGACGAAGAGAACGAAAGGCGAGAAUAGAACACCAUCAGAGAGCGAGACCAAAGCGAAACCCCAAGAAAACGAUGGAAAUGAAGAUGAAACUAAAAAACAAGGAAAGGAGAAGAAAAAACACGAAGAAGAAGUAAUAAACGAGGGAGAUAAAACGACGAAGGAGAAUACAGAAAUAAUUGAUAAAGAUGAAGAGGCAGAGACAACUAAUGCCUCUUUUUUUACACUUGAGGAAGGACGAGAGUUUGAAGGCUAUAUUCUCAAGUGUCCAAACGGCCCCUUUGACUAUGCUCUUAAGUUAUGGGAUGAUGGAAGGGCGGCGCCACGGGAUGACAGUUACCCAAGAGAGGAAGAGGAAGUGGCUGGUCUAGUGAUCGACAGGAAUGGUGACUAUCUGACGGUCGCUUGCGGCACCAACAUUGCUUAUGCUACUAGGAAGAGUUUUUUGACGGCUGGUGUGGACCCAGAUGACCUGUCGCUGCCCUUUGGUCGCCUGCAGGUGACGCUGACGAGGGCUACGACACGCCCCGAGGAGGUGCCCGCCGCUGCUUGGGUUGCCACGCCCACCCAGAUCACCGUCCCCCCCUAUGAUAUAUACUGAUACACCUUAACCGUGUUCCCUCUCCCCACACACACACACCUCCCCAACUCGGAAAUAUCAUGAGUUUUACGUAUGGGUUAUGCUGAAGGUAUUGUUAUUAUGGUAAUUAACGAGGGAAAACAAUGAUGUGUAUAGGUGUAAUCAACUAACAUCAAUGACAACUACAUGUGAUUUUAUGUCUAUUUAUAAAUAUUAACUACAACACUGCAGCUAUGAUUAUGAUGUUAAUAUAAACUGUAUUUACCGGCACUAAUGUUUAUAUACAGGUCCAAUAUGGUAUGUGUUUGUUUACAUAGAAUAUAACAAAAAUACUAUCUGUACUUGGGGUGAUCGAUGAAUUCCAGAAUGAACACUACGACUCCUGUUGUCUCGGUAGGGUUGUCAAAAUCCUUCGUCCAUUGUGUCAUAUUAUUUCAACACAAAGCUGUAUAGAUACUUUUUUGGAGUUAUGUUAUUUAAUAUUAUGGUUAAUGCUAAGGUUUAUUGCUUCUGUAUAUUUGGCAACACUUGUAUAUACACCCUUAUGAAUACAUUGUAAGUGCAAGUAAAUUCAAGUGUAUGGUUUCAAGUGUAUGGUUUCAAGUGUAUGGUUGAUAUUGUUGUAUGUUAAAUUUCACACUGAUAAAUUUAACACCUGAUAUAAUAAAAGUUUAAAUACAAUAAAUAUAUUUCAUGGCC